AUGGCGCAGCCGGGGCACAGACGGCUUCGCUCACAGCACCAAUUCGCUCAGGACCAGGCUGCGCUCGCCCAGUGGAACUCAAACAAGUGGGUCUGGGUCCCUGAUCAGGAGAAGAGAUAUGUCGCGGGACAUGUCGUGAAGGAGAAUGCCGAGGAGGGGACGAGUACGGUUGCGCUUGACAGCGGGGAGGAGAUGCGCAGCGUCGAAUCCGACCUCCUCACGCGCGUCAACCCACCCAACUUUGACGGCGCCGAAGACAUUGCCGACCUGACCUACCUGAACGAGGCGUCGGUCGUGCACAACUUGCGGGUCCGGUAUCAGCGGGGGGAAAUCUACACGUAUUCGGGACUCUUCCUCGUCGCCGUCAACCCGUACCGCUCGCUUCCCAUCUACACUCCCCAAGUCAUCGAAUCAUACAAGUCUGCGCGGAGAGACCAGAACCCGCCUCAUGUGUUUGCGGUCGCGGAAAAGGCGUGGCAGAAUAUGCUUCAGCAGCGGGAUCAGAGUCAGAGCGUGUUGGUGACCGGCGAAUCCGGCGCAGGAAAAACCGAGAACACGAAGAAGGUGAUCCAAUACCUCGCCGCGAUCGCCGCCGACCCCCUCCCAACCUCCUCCUCCUUCGACCUCCUCGCACGCCAAGCACAUGCCGAUGCGACGCUCAACCCGUCGGGUGGGAAGGCGAAGAAGCUCGGACAACUCGAGAGGCAAAUCCUCGAGGCGAACCCGAUUCUUGAGGCGUUUGGAAAUGCGCAGACUGUCAAGAACAACAACUCGUCUCGUUUCGGCAAAUUCGUCCGGAUCUUCUUCAACUCGCUCGGCGCGAUUGCCGGCGCCAACGUCGACUGGUACCUCCUCGAGAAGUCGCGCGUUACGGCCAGGUCGAAGGAGGAGCGCAGCUUCCACGUCUUCUUCCAGCUUUUGCGAGGGGCGGAUCGGGGGCUGUUGAAGCAACUCCUCCUUUCGGAUGAGGCGUCGAGCGGCAGCAAGGGCUUCGAGUACCUCAAACAUUCGCGGCAGGAUGUUGACGGGAUGGACGAUCGCGAGGAAUGGAAAGCGCUCGUCCGCGCCCUCAACACCGUCGGCUUCACCUCGGCCGAGCAACUCACGCUCUUCAGCAUCAUCGCCACCAUCCUGCACCUCGGCCAGCUCACCCUCUCCGUCUCCGGCACCUCCACCGCGCACCUCUCCUCCCGCGCCGCACUCGAGAAAGCCGCCUUCCUCCUCGGCGUCUCGCCCGACUCGUUGCACAACGCUCUCCUCCGCCCGAAAGUCAAGGCCGGUCGUGAGUGGGUCACGCAGGCGCGCACGAAGGACCAGGUUGUCGACGAGAUUGGCGCGUUGAGCAAGAGCUUGUACGAGAAGAACUUUGGAGCGCUCGUCGAUCGCAUCAAUCGCAGUCUGGAGGGAGGAGCGGUGCUGGGCCCGCAGGGGAAGAAGACGUUCAUUGGCGUGCUCGAUAUCGCCGGCUUCGAGAUCUUCGAGACGAACGGCUUUGAGCAGCUCUGCAUCAACUUGACGAACGAGAAACUCCAGCAGUUCUUCAACCACCAUAUGUUCGUCCUUGAGCAAGAAGAGUACGCGCGCGAAGACAUCAGUUGGGACUUCGUCAACUUCGGCCUCGAGCUCCAGCCGACUAUCGACCUCAUCGAGAGUACGAACCCGAUGGGCGUCUUGGCGUGCCUUGACGACGCGAGUAUCAUGCCGAAGGCAACAGACGCCAGCUUCACCGACAAGCUUCACCAGCUCGCGUCCGAGAAGCCGACGCCGACACCCUUCACCAAGUAUGCGCCGUCACGCCUCGAGCGAGGCUUCACGAUCUCGCACUACGCCGGCAAGGUCGAGUACCGGACGGACGGCUGGCUCGACAAGAACCGCGACCCGCUGAACGACAACAUCACCUCGCUCCUCGCCACAUCCUCCAACUCUUACGUCGCCACGCUCUUCGCCGAGUAUGCCGAACCCGAAGCAGGCUCGACGCUCGACGUUGUCGCACCUCGCGCUCGCGUGAGGAAGGGCGCCUUCCGCACGGUCGGCCAGCGACACAAGGAACAGCUCGCUGUCCUGAUGUCGCAGCUCAACGAGACGCAGCCGCACUUUGUCCGCUGCAUCGUGCCAAACCUGCACAAGUCGCCUACCGAGAUCGACGUCCCGCUCGUCCUCGACCAGCUGCGGUGCAACGGUGUCCUCGAAGGAAUUCGCAUCGCCCGCCUCGGCUACCCCAACCGACUCCCCUUCUCCGAGUUCCGUCGCAGGUUCGAGCUGCUCGCGCCAGCCGGCUCCAUUCCGAACGGUUUCGUCGACGGUGCGCAGGCGUGCUCGACCAUUCUUUCGCACCUCCAGCUCGACCCGCACACCUACCGCCUCGGUCUUACCAAAAUCUUCUUCAAAGCCGGCAUCCUCGCCGAGCUCGAAGAGCGCCGUGACGACUACCUCUCUGGCAUCGUUACCAAGGUUCAGGCCGCAUGCCGACGCUUUGUCGCCCGACGCCAAGCCGUCAAGGUCCUCCACCGCGCGCAGGCCGUGCGGACGAUCCAGCGCAACGCUCGUAUCUACGCCGAGCUCCGCGACUGGCCGUGGUGGCCGCUCUUCCAGCGCGUGCGCCCCCUACUGGCAGCGGCACGGACGGACGACGAGCUGCGACGCAAGGAGGCCGAGCUGGUCGAGGCGAAGAAACGUGCUGAGGCGGAGGAAAAGGAGCGCGAGAAGUUGCUUGCCCUGCAGGCAGAGCUCGAGCAGGCGCAGCAGGAGAUGUCGCAGCGGCUCGAGGCGGAGAAGAGUCUCAGCGUCGAGAAGGAGGCGCUCCUGCUCCGAUCGAAGGAGCGCGAGGCGGCGUUGCAAGAUGCCUUGCAGGCGGCCGAGCAGGACUACGACACCGUCAGCUCGCAGCUCGACCGCGCGAUGGAGGGGAAACGCGCCGUCGACGAGCGACUGGCGGGCUUGAACGAUGCCUACGCCAACCAGACCAAGCUCGUCGAGACUCUCCAGCAGGCCCAGGCGGCGUGGAAGGCCAAGGAGGCCGAGUUGGCGAGCCAGACGAGCGUGCAGACCGCCGAAUGGGAGCGCAUCAACUCGGAGCGCCAGAAGAACGCCGACCUCGUCCUCGAUCUCAAGCGUCAGCUUUCCGAGCUCAACCAAGAUCGUCGCCGCGAGCAGGAGCGCCUCAAUACGUCUCUCAAGACCGCUCAGGACCGCCUGGCAAGCGAGACGGCGGCUUCGACCGAGGCUCGAACCAAGAUCGUCUCACUCGAGGCGGACGCUCGGGCGGCCAAGGCGGAAGUGGCCGCGCUUCAGCUGGCGCAGCAGGACAAUGAGGAGAACCUCAAGUUGCGAGAGGCGGAGCUCGCUCGUUUGCGUUCAGAGUUCGCAGCAGCAAGGGAGCAAGGCGAAGUGGCUGCGGCGCGGGCUCGUGAGGCGGAGGCUGCGGUGGCAUCCCUACAGCAGCAGCUCGAAGCCGAGACCGCCGCGCUUCAGUCGAGCCGAACUGCCGAAGAGCGAGCUGCCGGCGACCUCCUCGCGCUCAAGAAGCUCGUCGACGAACAGGCAAGUGACCAGCAGCGAACAGCAGAACUCGCCAAGAUGCGCGAGGCCGAGAUUCAAGACCUCCGCUUCCAGCUGUCGAAGACGUCGUCGGAACUCGCAAUCGCUCAGCGCGAGUCCAUGAAGAAGGCGGAACAGCUUCAGACGGAGCUCGACUCGGCGCGCAAGGAUGGUCAAGCGGCGCAGGCGGCGAAGCACGAUCUUGAGCGCAAGGUCGCGUCGCAGUCGUCGACGAUCACGCGGCUCGAAGCGCGGACUGAGCAGCUCGAGCGGGCUCAGCAGGCGCACGACCUCGAAUUCGAGCUUUUGCGCACGAAGACGGCCGAGCAGCUGCUGCAGGAGCGGGAGAAGUGGGAGAAGCAGUUGCGCGAGACGCGCGACCAGUUCGAGGUCUUGGAGGAUGCGGCUGUCCAGGCGAAGCGCGACCGCGAUGCGGCCCUGCGCGUUGUCGAGGCGUACAAAGCGCUGCUUGAGACAGAGCAGGAGACCGUGCGCGCCCGAGUUGCGGAGAAGGCGAAACUCGAGGCCCAGGUCGACCAGCAGCAUCUCGUCCUCGCCGACCUCGACAAGAUCAACGGUGACUUGCGCGCCGAACUCGCUUCGACCAAAGCCCGCCUUGUUGUCGCGGAGGAGAAGGCAGGACGGACAGUCGUCGAGCAUAUCCGCGUACUGGAAGAGGCGCAAAGGCUGCAAAACCUCGAGAUGGACCGCAUGCGCGCCGACCGAGACAAGCGCGACGCUUACGUCCGUACCCUCGAGCGAGCUCGUACCGCUCUCACGCAAUCUCUCGAAGACCUUCAACACGAGCGCGAGGCGGAGCGCCGCGCAGCGUUCGCCAACCGGGCGCCCAAGGAUCCGACUGUUGAUCGCCUCAACGAUGCCCUGGCGAGCGAGAAGAAGGUUCGCGAGCUUGCCGAGCUCAACGUCUCUCGCCUUCACUCCGAGGUAGAGCACCUGAACUCGUCGCUCGACUCGUCGAAGGCCGAAGUGGCCGACCUCAAGCGUCGCAACGCUCAGAUCGAGCGCGAGCUGCAGAAGGUCGCUGCCUCCGACUACGGUCAGAACGUUGCGUCGCCUGUCAAGACUUUCGCGCCGACUCUGCGGGACCCUCAGCCACGUACGAUGCAAGAGAGUCGACUCGCCAAUGCCUUGCCGGAAACGCCUGCACCGCGGGCGAACGGGCUUCGAAGCGAAGGACCGUACGGCUCGGGUUAUGGCGGCGUGCAUGCCUCGCGGACAUCCGUCGACCUCAAGCGCGCAUCUCUUCAAUUCGCUCCUCCUCCCGCCGGUCCCAACUCGCCGCGUCGCCGCAACUACGAGUGA